GACUCGGCUUCUGGGCGGAGAUUCACCAGAGUCGAAUGUAUCUGUCGGGUUUGGAUGUUCAACAAGCGAGAUACCCAGCAAAGCUAGCCAGCAAUCAAACAAAAAAAGUUUAUAUUCAAGGUAUUAUUCCAACAAUGUGAGGGAAAUGUCGGAGACAAGCUCUGAUUGGGUGGAGAUCCUGGAGCCCCGCUCGCGGGAGCGAAUGUACGUCAACCUGUCCACAGGGGAGUGCGGCUGGACCCCGCCCGCCAACAUACCCGUGCGCCAGUCCGACGGCAACCAGUGGUGGGAGCUGUUCGACCCGCACAACGGCCGCUUCUACUACUACAACUGCAGCAGCCGGCGGACCGUGUGGCACCGCCCGCGGGAGGGGGACGUGGUGCCGCUGGCCCGUCUGCAGGCCCGCAAGCGCAGCUCCGAGUCCCAGCUCCACGGCAACGCCGGCCCCCCGCUCCCCGACGCCGCGGCCGGGGAGAGGCGCUGCAAGUCCCUCCCCCGCUACGGCCACGCCCCGCUCCCCCCGGCCCCGGACCCUGAGAGCAGCAGGGACGCCCCCGCUAAGGCCCGUACGGACAGCACGGACAGCAGGGACAGCAGAGACAGCAGGGACAGCCGGAAGGAUGUUCUCAGAGACUCUGUGCAGAGAUGGCAGCCCCCUCCAGGGUCGAAGGCGGCCAUGUUGGUGAAGGUGAACAGCGUGGGCAGGAACCAGAGCGGCCCUGUUAAAACCCCCCAGCUCCUCCACAGCAGCCGCAGUCUGCUAACACCCAACCCCUCCAACCGAGGGCAGCUCACCCCCAACCCCUCCAACCGAGGGCAGCUCACCCCCAACCCCCCCACCCGCGGCCUGCUCACGCCCAACCCGGCCAGCAGCAGGCGCUCUGGAGCCCAUGUCAGCCCUGCCCAGUCCGCCCAGUCUCUGGUGGCAUCCGCAGACUGCAAGCAGGCUUUCCACCUCAAAAAAACGGAGGAUGGCCACUUCUGCCCGGUGACACCCGACACGCUCACCAUCCCGGGGUCUGGCCCCGCUGCCCGCCCUCACCACAGGGCCCAGGGCGGGACGCCCCGCUCUGCAUCGCCCCAGCCCGGAUCCACGGCCCCCGUCUACGACCACCCCCCGAUGGAGCUGCCCGUGUACGAGGAGCCCCCGGCAGACAUGGAGGUGGAGGGAGGGCCCCCCGCCCCCCGCCCUGGCCCCCAGAACCCCCCUCGGCAGGGCCAGGGUCAGCAGACCAGGCUGCUUCCGCACCCCAUCUCCCACUCGGGGUCCUGGAACAGGGGGACCCCCGCAGAAACGGACUACAGCCCCGCCGGCCGGGAGGGGAUCAGGCAUAUGGUGAACGUGGAACCCGUUUCGGGGUCUCUCCCCCCGCCCGACAUCUCCAGCGCCCCCGAGCGGCCCGGGGCCCCAGCCCCUGCCCUGCAGAGGGAGAGGGAGAGGGAGAGGGAGAGGGAGAGGGAGAGGGAGGGCCGGGUGGAGAGGAGGCAGACCUGGAGGACCCUGGAGGUCAGCCUCCUGCGGGGCAUGGAGCUGCGGCAGGGCGGAUUGGGGGGCCUGGCCUCGCCCGAGUGCCCCUCGGCCCUGCCCCUGCACUGCCAGGACUCGGGCUACUCCACGGGCCCCUCGCCCAGCCUGUGCCGCAGGAACCGCCGGCGCCCCGCGGGGGGCCAGGGCCGGCCCGGGUCCAUGGGGGGCAGCGCGGAGCUGGACGCCCUCAGCGAGAGGCUGAUGGCGGAGGUGAAGGCAGCGGUCAGCCGCUCCAACACGGUGCGGGACAGUAAGGCCAGCCUGGACACCCAGGGGUCGGAGGGUUCGGCCCCAAACGCCCGCACCCCUCUGGGGUCGCUCCGCACCUACGGCCCGCGCAGGGGCGGCUCCCGGGAGGACAUCGCCUCCAGCUGCCACUCCCUGUACCGCACCGGUCACCACGGCGACCCGCCCCGCUCCCCGCUGGUGCCAGAGGGCCCUGGACGGCAGAAGCGCACCUAUGAGAAGGUGGACACCCUGGAGCUGAGCCUGUCCUCCCCCGAGACGCCACUCUCCCCCUCUGAGGUGGGAACUCUGGAGUGUCGGGAGCGGUCGGGCAGCGGAGCGCGGAGCAGCAGCAGCACAGGGGGCCGCAGGGCCCCCCCAGGCGUCGUCAGCGGCGAUGGGGGCGUGGUAAGAGGCGGGGAAGGCGGAGGGGCCGAGCCAAACCUCUGCCGGGCCCCGCCCCUGCCCCUGGACCCCAGCAUGGCGGACUGGGCCAGCAAGAACCUGAACCUGCACACCCAGGGCCUGUUCCGCCGGCGCGUCUCCAUCGCCAACAUGCUCUCCUGGAACCAGGCCUCCAUCAAGAAGCCCAUGCUGAUCACCAGCGACCGCGCGCUGAAGAAGGAGGCCUGCGAGAUGUUCAAGCUGGUGCAGGCCUACAUGGGCGACCGGCCCACCCGGCUGGAGCACCGGCACGUGGCCCUGCUGGUGGUCACCAAGUGCUGGCUGAUGCCCGGCCUGCGGGACGAGCUCUACGUGCAGCUGGUGAGGCAGACCACCGAGAACCUCUGCCCCCGGAGCCUGGCGACCGGCUGGGAGCUCAUGGCCAUCUGCCUGGCCUUCUUCUCCCCCUCGCCCAAGUUCCGCCGCUACCUGGAGGGCUACAUCCACAGGCACCUGGACCUGGGGCACGCCCACACGUUUACAGAAUAUAUUAUGGACCAACAGGAUAUGAAAAACAAGAAGAAUUCCAAGUCCUGGAAAAAGAGGAAGCAGAACACAGAUGAGGAAGAGGAGGGUUUGCCUGUGAGUACAUAUGCAAAGUACUGCUACCGCCAACUGCAGAGAGUGUCUGUAUCCGGGGGGAAAAAGGGCCUGCGGAAGCCCACCCUGGAGGAGGUGUACCACGGCCGGAGCGCCAUCGUGACGCCCUCGCUGUUCGGCAGCUCUCUGGAGGACGUCCUGCAGCGCCAGCGGCCCCUGUUCCCAGAGCGCAGGCUGCCCUGGGCGCAGACGCAGCUCUCCCAGUGCGUGCUGGCGCUGGGCGGGGCACACACCGAGGGCAUCUUCAGAGUGCCGGGAGACAUUGACGAGGUGAACGCUUUGAAGCUGCAGGUGGACCAGUGGAAUAUCCCAGAGGACCUGUCAGACCCCAAUGUCCCAGCCUCCCUGCUGAAGCUCUGGUACCGGGAGCUGGAGGAGCCCCUGAUCCCCAUGAGUUACUACAGGCAGUGCAUCAGCAGCUAUGAGGACCCAGAGAUGGCCCUCAGUGUGGUGCAGGCCCUGCCUCAACUCAACCACCUGGUGCUCUGCUACUUCAUACACUUCCUGCAGGUGUUUGCCCAGCCGGUGAAUGUAAGCAAGACCAAGAUGGAUGUGAACAACCUGGCCAUGGUGAUGGCGCCCAACUGCCUGCGCUGCCAGUCAGACGACCCGCGGGUGAUCUUCGAGAACACGCGCAAGGAGAUGUCCUUCCUGCGCCUCCUCAUCAUUCACCUGGACACCUCCUUCAUCAAGGGCAUCGUCUGAGAGGCCUCCCUGCUCCCCCUCUCCUGUUCACAAAUGUCCUGGUGACCGCGCCUGCCUCCCUGAGCUCCUCACUUCUGCUCUUUAAAUGGCUGAUCCCACAGCUGGAACUCAGGGUCAUUUAGCGCUCUUUCAUCCUGGAAUAGCAUUACUCCGUACCCUGGAUUGUGCUUAGUACAGAGACUCAAUAAAUGGGGUAUGACUGUGACACAAAUGCUGAACAGUGGUUGGGGGAAAAAGCUGAUUUAAUUGAUAGAGGCAGGAAUCGCAGCCAACACGAAGUCAAACGUCAAGCGAACUUUUUAUUGUAGAUUGGGGGAUGCAGUUUUAUUUUUAUUUUAUUUAUUUAUUUCUUGAGAAAUUAUCACUCUUCUAUUGUAAUCUGACACAAAAUGAUUUGUUUUAUUUCUGGGCUUGGGUGAGUUGUAUGGUAUGGGCAUGGCGUAUCCCCUAGCCCGAAUGGGGGACUUUCCAAUUCAGCCGUCCCCGCCCCCGGAAAUACUGAGGCUCAGAGGCCUACUGCCAGACCAUGGCAGGUUUUUAUGAAUCAUAGUUAGUUUUCCAUCUGAACAUCAUUCAGUUGUAAAAGCCAUAGAUAGUCACUUAUCCCUAGUACCAACUGGGAGUAAUUAGAAAGAUACUUGAUAUAUAAAUGGGAGAAAUGUAGCAUUUUACUGUACAUGCCAAUUGAAGAGCAGGAGUCUAAGAUGGCAUGGAAACAGUCUGCUCUGUAGAAGCAAUGCUACUCUUUUCACAGCAGAAAUGUUGUAAUUAAGCUGAUUUAGUGUAUAUACAGUUGUUAAUUUCUGAGCCAUAAUCAUAAAUUAUUUUUUGCAGUAGGCCUCAAAUAUUAUAUUUUUAGACAUCAUUGUGAUGAAGUACAAGUUUUUUUUCUUAACCUUUAUUUUUUUAAACUGCUUUGCUAACCUUUGAAUGGCUUAGUUGUGUG